UUGGCGUGCAUGCCGUUUUGUUUUGAUUUCGGGAUUUCGGGCUGGUCCUCCCUCCGUUCUUCUUUGGCCUGGGGGGUCUGGUUAUGGACUCCAUGCCCUGAUCGACUGAGUCGCUGCCACAGUUCCAAUCGGUUACAUUUGUGGGUUGAACCGAGUCCCGGUGGACGUCUCGCAGUUGUUGGACGGUGGGCGUGGCAUUGGGUGGUUGAUCGAGGGUCAAUGUGCCAGUCGAUAUAUGAUUUGACAAAUUGGCCAGAUUGAUUGACCACUGAUCCAGAAGAUGUCGGUGACAUUGCACACAGAUUUAGGGGACCUCAAGUUUGAGUUGUUUUGCGCAGAUUGUCCGCGGACCUGCGAAAACUUCCUGGCCUUGUGCGCGUCCAAUUACUAUACCGAUUGCUUGUUCCACCGAAACAUCCCGGGUUUUAUGGUGCAAACGGGCGAUCCCACGGGUUCAGGCAAAGGCGGCCAAUCCAUCUGGGGCGCCAAAUUCAACGAUGAGAUCAAGGAUUCGCUCAAGCAUAAAACGCGAGGUAUUGUCUCCAUGGCCAACUCCGGACCCAACACCAAUGGAUCCCAAUUCUUUAUCACAUACGGGGCCCAACCCUCGUUAGACCUCAAGUAUACCGUAUUUGCUAAAGUCAUUGACGGCUUCGACACCUUAGAUCAAUUGGAGAAGGUUCCCAUUAAUGCCAAGAAUCGACCACUGAAAGAUAUCAAAAUCGUAUCUGUGACCAUCCAUGCCAACCCUAUGGCCGAAUAAAAUGGUGGGGCUACACUCUGC